CAGCCAAGGGAGGGAAAAAGGAGAAGCGGGAACAAGAAUGGCAGAAAAAGUCCUUUAUGCUGACCUGAACUUGUCUGAACCAACCAGAUCCAGAAUCCUGACAGUCCCUGAUGGCCAAGGCUCAGACUGUACCUACGCAGAAGUGAAAGUGAAAGCCCAAGACACAAACGCUGCAGCAAACUGCAAAUCAUCAGGUAAAAGCCAUUGUUCCAGAAAACAUGUUGCCAUAUUGGUGUUGAUAAUCCUCGUACUGGUCCUGGCAGUAUAUUUAAUAAUCACAUAUGGUCCAACUGCAAACAGCCAGCAGGACUCCACAACAAGCAUCCCUGAAGAGGCACUAGGCUGCCCCCCACCAUGGGAAAAACAUGGGAGAAAAUGCUACAUCUUUUUUCCAGAAGAGAACCCAAAGGAGUGGAAUGCCUCCCGUGCAGAAUGCACAGCCAAGGGCUCAGACCUGGUGGUCAUUGACAGCAGGGAAGAGCUGAAUUACCUUAGAUCACAAUCAAGACAUAAAUACUACUUACUUGGUCUCACACGCUCUGCAGAGGAGCAGAAGUGGAAGUGGAUCAACAACGUGGAGCAUGACCCAGCCAUGUUCCGUAUAGUUGGACCUUCCACUGACUAUCUCUGCACAGUCAUUGGAUUUGGUGAAGUACGAACUGCACCUUGUGGUGAAUCCUCAACAACACAAAAUAUGUGUGAAAAAGCUGCAACAAUUUCCAACAGGCAUCUGUAGAAGAGCUAAAACCAAGAGGUGCAGGCUGAUCUGUUCUGCCCAGCUUCCUAUAGGAACCAUGGAUGGGAUGUGUCUCAUUUGCCUUGAGCUGCCCAGUCUCUGCUCCCAGGCUCUCCUGCUGCCUCUCUCCAGCCUCGGGGCUGAGCUCAGCCCAGCCUUUCCCUGCUGCUGUCUGAGCCUGGAUGGAUCCCCUCUGGAAGAGCUGGCCCUGGCACACAGGAGGAGUCUGGCACUGUCUCAUGCCAGAGGUGGCACUGCCAGGCAGGCACUGCCAGGGGAGAGGAGUCCAGCCUGGGCACAGGGGUGAUCCCAAACAGAUCCUGACUCUGCAAGUCACAUCCAUCCACAGCCUG